ACAAUUGCUUCUCUGGUCAGGAAUGCAAUUUGUAGCUAAUAGUCCCCCCCAAAGUAAAGCUCUAGUUUAGUUUCUUUAAUUCCAAGUUAUAUGGCAACAGCCGAGAGUAGUAGAAAAAUUCUGAAACCAUCCAAGUGGUUCUCCAAGAAAAGUAGUAGUAGCCUCCACCAAACAUCAUUAACGGCGUUAAACCUAAGCACAACUCCAACUACUACUAGAGACAUAGAAAAUGAAGCCAUGAGGGAGGUUUUCCGUCACUUUGAUGCUAACGGAGAUGGAAAAAUCUCUGCCUUUGAGCUCAGGUCCUAUUUCGGAUCCAUUGGAGACUACUUGUCUCCUGACGAAGCUCAAGGCCUCAUCCAAGACCUGGACUCCGAUGGCGACCAUUUGCUGGACUUCGAGGAUUUCAUGAAGCUCAUGAGCAUGAACAACGAUGAUGAUCUGAGGAAAGCUUUUGACAUGUUCGUGUGGGAGAAGGAGAACACGGAAGCUUCAUCUUCGUCAUCGUCAGGUAGUAUCACCCCGAAAGGUUUGCAACGAAUGCUGCAGCGACUUGGUCUUGAAAGCUCAUAUGAUGACUGCGUCGUUAUGAUUGCUGCCUUCGACACUGAUCAUAACGGUGUCCUUGAUUUCAACGAGUUUCAUCACAUGAUGAUUUCCUAAUUAAUUACUUUUUCGUCUUACAUCAUCACUCUUCUGUUCUCAUCGCCCUUUUAUCGUUAUAUGUGUGUAAAUACUAAAUAUGGAGGCCGGUGAAUAAUAAUAGCUCAAUAUAAUAUAUAUAUAUAUAUAUAUAUAUAUAUACGUCUCUAUGUAUUUAUGUAAAAAUUAAAUA